UAUUUCCUGAUUUUGUGUUCUACCUGAUACAACUCUCGCCAUGAUUAUGAUGGCAAAUCUAAGUAAAAAUCUAUAUUUCUUCAGACCGGUGUAAUUCUACUUGACAUUCUCUAUUACUCUGGCUGUGUUGUAGAUAUAUUCAUGCAUGUAGGUGUUUCAGGAUUCUUAAUGUUUCUUAGCUUUUAUCUUUAGAAGCUUUGCAUCUGGGUUUGCCAUGGAAGAUGAAGAAACAGGGGAGCUUUUUAUACCAUGCAGGAUGUGCUGUCAGAAAUGUUUUAGAAUUCAUGGUAAAUACCACGAGAAAGAGUGCUUUGAUGGGUGUGUUUCCUUCUUCAAAGUUAUGCUUGGAGACUUUACAGAAAGACUGAGCAUUCCGCCUGCAUUUGCUUCACAGUUUAUAUAUGAGAGGGAGGAACAUAUGGUGCUGCAAGGCCCAAGUGGGCAGGAGUGGGAUGUACAAUUAUUGGGUACAAAGACUACCCUGGAAUUCCGACAUGGGUGGGAAAAUUUUGUGCAUUAUCAUGGCCUGCAACUGGGAGAUUUUGUUGUGUUCAAGUAUAUAUCUAAGCUGUGCUUGAAGGUUCAGAUAUUUGAAAAAAGUGGAUGUGAGAAAGAUAUCAGUACUCAGAAAACAAACAUUGAUUUAGAUGAGAGAUGCCCUGAUCAACCAAUGUUGCUGAUUGAUUUGGUUUGUGAUGAGGAAAAGAAUGAUACAGCUGAACCAGCUCCUGAAAAUCGAAGGAGGAAGAAGAAAAGGAAAUCUAAGCUUCUAGGCCAUUCAUCGAAGAAACAUGGGCACCGUUUAUCCUCUCAAAAGCACAUGACAAUGGAGAUUGCUGCUCCUUUCAAGUCAGAUAAACCCUUCUAUAAAAUGGUUAUGAAAUCAUGGAAUGUAAAUGACCCACACAUGCUAGAAUUCAGAAAAGUUUUGGAUUAUCCGAUUCAGCUUCCAAACCAAAGAAGUGAAGUAGUGCUUUUGACUGGAGAGUGUAGAGAAUGGAAGGUAAAAUGCAUUAUUAAGAACGAUAAGCCAACCUUUAGUGGGGGGUGGAGAUAUUUUACACGUGGUAAUAAUAUAAAGGAAGGAGACAUUUGUAUUUUUGAGCAGCUGAACAACAAUCAAAAGAAAUUUAUGUUCAGAGUUCAUAUCUUUCCUCAUGCAAAGAAAGACACUGUUCAAGAAAUGGAGGAGGAAAUGCAGGACAGAGAUGAGGGCUAUAAAAUUUACUGA